UUGUUCUGCUUUCUUAACCGUUCUCUCUCUCUCUCUCUCUCUCUUGCUUUCUAUAAUUUUUUUUUUUUACAUUAGUAUUGUUGUUGCCUUUCUUCUGUAGAUAUAUAACACAGUGUCUCUUUAGUUUCCGUGUAUUGUUCAUAUGGAAGAAGCUGCAGCUGUGAACAAAGGAGACGACUUGAUCCAUUUGCCACCCGGGUUUCGUUUCCACCCCACCGAUGAAGAGAUUAUCUCUCAUUAUCUCACCGAGAAAGUCUUGAAUAGCGGCUUUGCUGCAUGUGCGAUUGCUGAAGUUGAUUUGAACAAGUGUGAGCCUUGGGAUUUGCCCAAGAGAGCGAAGAUGGGAGAGAAAGAAUGGUACUUUUUCUGCCAAAGAGACAGAAAAUAUCCUACUGGCAUGAGAACAAAUCGAGCUACUGAAGCUGGAUAUUGGAAGGCUACUGGUAAAGAUAAAGAGAUUUACAGGGGAAAAAAUUGUCUUGUUGGGAUGAAGAAGACUCUUGUUUUCUACAAGGGGAGAGCUCCAAAAGGAGAGAAGUCCAAUUGGGUUAUGCAUGAAUAUAGAUUAGAAGGAAAAUUCUCUUAUCACAAUCUUCCCAGAGCUGCAAAGGAUGAAUGGGUCGUGUGUAGGGUUUUUCACAAGGGCACAGGGAUCAAGAAGAGUCCAAUUCAAGGCCUUCUGAGGAUCAACUCUUUAGGCGAUGAUUUAUUGGAUUAUUCUUCACUUCCACCUCUAAUGGAUCCUGCUUACAACUCCAGCAAACCCGGCUCAAGCAAUGAAAACGAAUUCAAACACAUCAACACAGCUUCAUUCUCAAGAUCUUCCCGCGGAAAUUACCUGUCAAACCUUCACACAAACAUGAACAACAACAGCAACAACGACCAAAACUUUCUUCUUCCUCCAAAUAGUACGAAUUACCCCACACAAACUUCCGAAUUUUACCCUCAAGUCGCAAUCUCAUCAAAUCCGAAUCCUGCAGGCUACUUGCCCCGGGGGCUAAUUAGGAGUAGUCCUGGUGCAAUCACAAGCUUAGCCACUUCCGGGUUUGGUGCCAGCGAUCAGGCGAUUUUGUGGGCACUAGCAGCCGGCAAUGAAAGGUCUCAAAGGGAGAAUUAUCAGUGCAAGGUGGAGCAGUUUUCGUCAAAUCAAUCGAUGGUCAGCCGCUCACAAGAUACUGGACUUAGCACAGACAUGAACACCACUGAAAUAUCAUCGGUUGUGUCGAAGCAAGACUUAGCAGGCAACAAAUCGUGUGAAGAUCUCGACUGUUCCAUGGCUGAUCUAGAUAGCUUCUAUUGGGAAUGUUACAAUUAAGUUAAUUCAUCAUCAGCUUGCUUGUUUCAUAAUUUAUUUCUCAGGAUCGGUAUAUGAUUUUUAAACAGUGAUGAUAUGUAUAUCUGCAGGUAAAGGUGUAAAAUGUAUUACUUCGGACUCUCAAAUGCUUGUAUAGAGAUUCAAUUUCAGUGUGAAGAAGUUACCAAUUUGCAGCGAAAGAUUCCAUAUUAAUAUAUACCUCUUGUAUAUAUAUUCUUUCUA